AUGGAGUUGAAGGAGGCUGCGAAGCCGAGGCUGCCGCCGGGGUUCAGGUUCCGGCCCACGGACGAGGAGCUGAUCGUUCACUACCUCCGGCGCCGCGCGUUGGCCUCCCCGCUGCCGCCCGCCGUCGACAUCCCGGACGUCCGCAUCCUGUCGCACGAUCCUUCCGACCUGCUGCCCCCAGGGUUCAGCGAGCAGGAGCGCUACUUCUUCACGUGCAAGGAGGCCAAGUACGUGAAGGGCCGGCGCGCGAACCGCGCCACGGGGGCCGGGUACUGGAAGGCCACGGGCAAGGAGAAGCCGGUGGCCGUGGCGAUCCCGGCGGCGGCUCGGGGCGGCCAGGGCCAGGGCCAGGCCGUGCUUGUGGGCAUGAAGCGGUCGCUGGUGUUCUACCGGGGCAAGCCCCCGACGGGGAGCAAGACGGAUUGGGUGAUGCACGAGUACCGGCUCGCGGGCGCCGGCCUCGCCCCGUGCCGCCGCGCGGCGGCGCAGGACGGCGACGCCGACGCGGCGGUGUCGCGGCCCGCCGAGGGCUGGGUGCUGUGCCGCGUGUUUCGGAAGAAGAAGGGCUCCGCCCCGUCCGCCGCCGCGAGUCCGGUCGAAGACCGGAGCGACGGCGAGGAGACCGGCGAGAGCGAGAGCGCGGGCGCUGGCGGGCCGGGGUUCAUCGACUUCUUCGCGCGCGCGGACGCGGCGGGGCGGCGGCGUCGCGCGGCGUCGCCCGUGGUGUCGAGCAGCUGCCUGACGGACGCGUCGCCCGAGCGCCAGCAGGGGCGGGAGCAGGAGACCACCAGCAGAGGCGCGUGA